AUGGUUGACCAAGAAGUUCUGGGGUUCAUGAAUCUUGAGCCUCAAGAAGCCUUGAAACCGGAAGUGGAUAUGCGGGACUCAGCGAUCCCUUCAUUGGACAUGACUGUAUUCCGACGUUAUCGACCAAUCCUGGUCCGACUUGAGUUUUCCUUGAAAGCUCUUGUGCCAGUUGGCCUUGAAAGCUCGGUCGUCUGCGAAGCUGCAAUUCGCUUCACCACAUUAUACAGACUACGAUACUGGAAUAUCUCUGUGAGCUUACCGAAAUAUGAAUUCGGGAAGUUGACCAUCCCAUUUCUCUCUCAUGAAGUGAGUGUUGACGGAAUCAGGGCCUUGCCGAAGAUCGUCAAAGGCAUAGAGGAUUUACCUUUCCCGUCGACGUACAAGGGAGUGCAGUCCUCCUUAGGAAGUCGGAACUACUACAAUAAGUUCAUUGAAGACUUACCAUUGCCGCUGCGCUCUACGAACUAG